UUUCUUGUUGUUGGUUUCGCAGAUCAAAUAUUUAAUUAAAUUCGGAUCGCAAUUAAGAAUCAACAACGUUAUCAGUUCACCAAUAUUUGUGUCACGAUUUGUGAAUCACUGAAGAAUAUUCAAUUAGCGCCGCAUCAAUAACUAAGAUACAAGAGAAACCAAACUGAGAAACCCGGGUUCAAAAGUGCACACGGUAAUACCCGAAUCGUCCAUUGGUGUCUAGCUCAUGUUAAUGAAACCGAUUGUACGCCGGUGAGAGAAUAAAGACAGUUUCUGAACUGUCUCCAAGGACAUCAUACAGCUGUGAAGUCUUGGAGUUUUUGGAGACACGCAUUUUGAAUGACAGUUACUACCGAUCUCUGGAACUUAUCGUCUGACAAAUUAAUGCUAGUUGAGUCAGUCGAUCGUUGAAAUUUUACAGACUGGUGCGUCGAUUAAGAGCCGUGAACAGUACUAAUAGUAUUUUGACAUUAAAGACGACCAUUCAUGAAGUGGUGGCUAUCUAAAAAGAGGUUUUAAGUGUUUACGAGAGAUACAUCAUUUUAGUCUUUUAGGGCCACACGUAAAUAGACUAAGCACCUGUCUUUAUUAAGUGUCUGUCGUCUAGGGCUAUUUUCGUACAGAUUUUGACGUUAUCCUGUUAGGAUUUUAAUACCUUUAUAUCGAUAUUUAUAUGUUUUCCUUGGGUGGAAUAUUAUUUGUGGACUACUAUUUGUGAUCACUAGCUUUCUAUUCUUGCUGAAAAGGUAGCUCUGGGUCAGCUAUUUGCGGAAGAACUAAAAUAACAACUAUUUUGGUACUGCUUAUUUACAACUAAAUAUGUAUGCUGAUUGUCUUUACAUAAGACGAAACCGGAAACCUGUAUGCUAAUCUAAAUUAACGUCUUUUUGAAUAGAAUCAAACCCAAGUUAUUUGAAACGGUAGAAAGAAGAGACUUUAUUUCGUCCAGUCAAUACGACGCUGGAAAGAAUUGAUUAUUUUAGAAGUCUGUGAUCCGCUGCAUUUACACGUAUCUCGUUUAGUUUAAACCACUCAGUUAUUCCAUGGACUUUUGAAGUGCGGAGAAAUAGGAUUCUCCAAUUAAAAGAAAUUGUCCAUAACAUCAAUGUAAUCAAAUGGUUAUUGCUCAAAAUUUACUGACUACGUAACUAUUAUUGUUCUGUAUCGGAAAGAAAUCGUGUCCAACUAUAAUUGGAAUGGACUUGAUAAAAAGAAAGGAUAUAUGUGUACAUGUCAUCGUGAAGACAUUUAGUCUGUUUAUAGAUUAGGUAUCACCCUAGACCAUAGCUACAUGUAAAGCCGUAACCUGGGGAAAUUGUUCUUUGAUAUAUUUAUUUGAUUACUUGCAUGGAAAACAUUAAUUUGUUUUUUAUUAAUUUGAAUUAACGGAAAGCCAUGAUCACAUUUGUGUAGCCUAACAAUGCAGUCCAAACUUGUUCGGGUAGUUCUGAAUUACAUUCCCUGACAGUAGUUAAGGUUCAACAUCCAACAAAGGGUGGCUUAGGAUUCGGUAAUCCAGUAGCUUGUGUUGCUGAAUGAAAACCGCCAUAACUGUGUCUUUGACCCGUUAGAUCUUUAGACAGCAUAAAUCAUUCGUUUCUUUAAUUUGGUAAUUCCAGCGAACGUUCCACAUAUUGCAACAAUCGUCUGCUGAAAUUGUGUCGCCCGCUUUAGGAUAUUUAUGGAUUUGUUAAUCCAGGCUGUCCAACAGUUGUUCCAAAUCUAGCCGCCUCCGGCAGAAUAACAGGAUUGAGACAAGGAAUGAUGGGAAAGGAAUCCCCUUUAAUGGCAGGAUGAAACCCCCGCUCCCUGUAGCAAUCCUAAUUUGCAUCAUGGGAGUAUCUAUCCAAAUAGUUCAUUGUUCUGGAUGUGAUCAUAAAUUUAGUUCUAAGGAUAUGAAAACAGGAACCUUCUCUUCACCAAACUUCCCCGAAAAUUAUGCUGAAAUGACCACAUGUCAUUAUUUUUUUGAAUCUGUUGGUGAUGGUAGAAUAGAGGUAGAGUUUGAUUAUUUUGAACUGGAAGAGAAAGGAGAAGGCGAUUCAAUAUGUCGUUUUGAUUAUAUAGAUGUAUUCAGUGUUGAUAGAAUGGGAUACAGAACAAGACUCAACAGAUUCUGUGGCAAAGAAAUUCCACCUACUAUUAUAUCUGUUCAACCCAGUCUAGAAAUAGUAUUUGUUUCAGAUUAUACUAAAAUAUCAUCCGGAUUUUCAGCACACUUUACAUUUCUAGAUGACAGUUGGCGACCAUUUCGUCCGUCUACUGCUGGUUGCGGUGAUGAAGUAUUAGAUUCUGGUGGUGGAGGGGUGAUUACCUCUCCCGACUAUCCGUCUCCCUUCCGUCGUGGAUCUGAAUGUACAUGGUUAAUAAAAGUACGAGAGGGACAACAAAUUGUUGUCAAUAUUAUAGCCCUUGAUUUAGGUGUAACAUCCGAAACGUGUAAAGAUUUCAAGUUAUUGAUAUAUAAUGGAUUUGCUACACCUGACAUGCUACCAGAAAUAUCUCUAUGUGGAGACUUAAAGUCUUAUAGUCCUAGUAAAAGACAUUUUCUAUCUCAUUCAUCACGGGUUGUGAUCAGAUUUGUAACAAGUGAAACGGAUGUUGAUCAUGGAAUUGGUUUUAAGUUGAGUUGGGCGGCCGUACUGAUGCCUGAAGAUGGACCAUGUGGUCAGUUUAUAUGUGCUGGUGGUCAAAUGUGUAUAGAUGAUAUUUUGUGCGAACCAUCUCCUAAAUAUUGUAUUCACAAAUCAUUACGAUGCGAUGGUGUCCCGAACUGUGGGCCAUUUGAUGACAGUGAUGAAAGAAAGUGUCCAAGAGAAAUUAUAAUAAUGACGGCGUCUAUUGCUAUACCUAGCUUGUGUGUUAUUCUGCUAGUUGUGUUAGUUAUAUACUGUUAUCGUAGAAAACGUGUGAAAAAAUCAACAUCUCAGGAACAACCUUUAACAACUAGUCAAAGACAAAUAUCUCGUGACUCCAUGGCGCCCCGUGGUGGUCAGUUAGUGAUGCAUACAAGUUUUAUAGACACUAAACCCAUGGAUGAAUCCGAACCGGAAAUAGAUCCCGAUUCUCUCCCCUUGCCGUAUCCACCACCGGAUUUGGAUCAAACGCCGUGUAUUCCUCCAAGCCCGACUAUGCCACCAAGCCCGCCUAUACCACCACCCCCGCCUCCGUGUAUUCCUGUUGACAAUGGCUUUAUGCCGAAAGAACCGAAAACGAAAUCUAGUUUAAAGAGAGAUUCAUAUACAUUUUCGCCACCUAAACAGUUAACUUAUGAAGAGGGGAAUAUGAUCAUAGCUGAAAUAUGAAUAUGUGGUAUUCUAUGUGAAAUUUUUGCACGCGGAAAAGAACCAUGGGCUUACAUUUAAACUACUAUGUAACAGACGACCCCGUGCUCUAGACGUGAAUCAUUGAUGUAAAACAAUUGAUUUUUAAACACUAUCGACUUAACAGUUACAAUAGCCAUUCUGUGACCUCCAUUUAAAAUCAUAUUUUAAGUGAUCACAAUUCAAUAUCAAAAUGGAAUGGAUUCAUGUAUCAUUAUAAUGAUACUAUUCGUGUUAUAUACUUCGUUCGUUAAGCAAGUUAGACAAUCUUUGUUGGUUAUUCUAUAUUCAUAAUAUAAUUUUGAUUAUGGGCAUUACAUUUUUAGAUUACAAUUUAAAGUUUGUGUGUUAAGGCCCCCUAAGCUGAUUUGGUUAGAUAGAAUGGUGUUAUUUUUAAAUAUUUACAUGUAAUAUGUGGGUGUGUUCCGACCAAAAAAAAAUCGCGUUUUCAAUAUACAGAAUAACUCUCUUGGUGCGGAGCAAAGCCUGGAUGUUCUCGGUGUGAAGAUUGUCAAAUUCGAAGCACUAACAGUAAAGCCCAACAUUAGGUUUUCGGUUUGAAGAAUAGCGGCCUGUACUUUGAUGAAAAGAAAAAAUUCUCGUUUUUAAUAAACAUAACUGUGAAGGAUAACCUCGACAUUCUAGGUGUGAAGGAUAACCUCGACGGUCUAGGUGUGAAGGAUAACCUCGACGUCCUCAGGGUGAAGGAUAACCUCGACGUUCUCAGUGUGAAGGAUAACCUCGACGUUCUCUGUGUGAAGGAUAACCUCGACGUUGUCGGUGUGAAGAAUAUCAUGAUCGACGUUUAGAAAAUAUUCCACGAUAGGGUUCUUGUCGUCAAACCUAACGUUGUUGGAGAGAGAAAAUGACCAUCAGAUGUCACCAUCAUCGGUCAGUCCCCUGCGAUAAAUGGGAGAAGAGUCGCGGCUCAACAAAAAUGAAAUUUUCUUAUUGUAAAAAUAAUAAUAUACAACCAUCGAAUAAUUGUUGUUUAUUAUUGUUUAUAUUCGUUAUGUUUUAUUCUUAUUUACGAUACCUGUAUAUUUUAAAUCUCAAAGAAAUGUUUUGACUAUGAUACUGUUUUGGAAGGCAAUAGAAAAUAGGCAAACAAUAGAAAAGACAAUGGGUGCUUUGAAUUAUUCAAAGUUUCCAAAAAUGUUAGGGGAAUAGAAGGUUGUUUUCUUUAAAAUUGGUCAAAUGUGUUGUCACAUUUGCGUUGUAAGUGACGUUAAAAAUUUAAUACUAUUUUUGUAAAAACACUAUUUUCUUCUAGUCGAAAUUGAAAGGAAUUUUCACAACCAAUUACAAUAAUCCGAAUUUGUGUCGUUUUGUGAGAAUGUGAAAGAUACCGAAAGGAAUAAUUAAUCAGUGAGUGAAAGGGGCGUUUUUGUGAUUAUUGCCACAUGCUCUACUUGUUUAGUCGGAUCAGGGCAAUAUCUGAACGUUCAUGAUAACCAAUUGUCAAUUCCGUUCAAAAAGUUUGUUUUUUUAUGAUUGGUAACUAUUAUGACAUUUAUAUCAAUAAAUAAUGUCUUCGGGUAGCAUCAAGGCUAGCUCAGACGCCUUUAUUCAGACAAUGUCUGCCACAAACAAUAUUCAUACAUAAACUCUAUUGAAACUUAUUAUGCCGAAAGGCUACCAUAUUGAAUAUAACAAAAUUUGUCUAGCGUCAACUAAUGACAUGCUGUUUUGACAUUGGUCUUUAUUACAUCAACAAAACAAUUUUAUUGCGUAGAAAACAAUAGAAUAAUUGUGUGGUUCUUUACUAAAUGAUAUUGCAUGAACUGCCUUAAUGAAUACAGGCUCAUGGUUUGCCACUACCCGGGCAGUAUCCAAUUGAUGAAUAUGUUUUAAGUAUGAGAAAAUUAUGGUAAAGUUGGUAUCUGUUUAAUUAUACUAUUUUCGUUACAUGCCAUAAUGGUAUUUUGCGAAAGUUAUUAAAAUUGGAAACUGGAUGUCAAUUAUUUCUACAAUUAUAGAUACUCUAAUUUGCGCAUGUGCGUGGUGUUCUAGGAACCGCCUUUUCUAAAAUGAAAAUCUCGGAUUGACGAAACCUAUAUAUAACAAGAAGUUUAUGACAUGCUGAGAAUUGUUAGAGAUAAUAUUAUUGGCAUCGAUGACUUCCGUCUGCUUUACGUCGAAUUUAUUGAACAUUUUAAAAUUGUCUUAGUCUUUAAUAAAACAUAUGAUAAAUUGUAUUAUGUUAGUGGUAUGAUUGACGUCGUGUAAUUGAAUAUUAAGAAGGAUAUAUAUACAUUACACUAUAAAAAUAUCGUUUUUAAUUGAAAAUUUAUUCAAACAGCGGUCAUCGUAUGUUGAACUUACAACCCAGCUUAACUCUUAAUGACGGGCGUCAUGGUUUCGUGUACAAUUAUUGGCAGUUGAAAUUCGAAGAACAAUGUGACGGAAACGCCGCUGUUGGGGCAAAAUGUCUGCCCUGGCACAUUGUAUAUAUAACCAUAGAUUCAUAAUGGGCAUGGAUAAAGGUGGAAUUGAAAACUCCAUCACGUUAAUUCAUUAAAAACUGGACUGUAGGCCCAUUGGCAUACAGCUUUAUCAACAACUGAAUUAUCUGUGUUAAUCAGAAACGAAGACGGAUUUAUUUUCGUUAAAUAUCUUAUCUAAAACAUGUGUGGGGUGGGGGUGAGGGGUCUUCAUUCAAAUCAAUCAGCCAUUUGUUUAAUUAAACCUCAGCGCUGCAGCCGCUAAUGCAGCUUAUCGAAUUGUAGUCAGUAGUUAAAGUGAGUUGAACGGUUGACUUGUGCACGACUUAAAUUGACAUUGUACUCGUGAUAAAUUUUCUAGUGAUGUUUGUAUUAUUGACACGUUUGUUUUUUAAUGAUCAUUGGUCAUUCACUAUAAUAGAUGUUUUAAAUGUAUUAUUAUGUCAUUGACAUUGUCCAAAAGUUUAUGUAUGUUAAAUAUUCGUUUAAAUAAAAGAUCAUUUUGCAUGAA